AAUACGCUGCCUCAUGGGGCCCUUGGGACAAUGCUAAUAGUGGAAUCAAAAGUGGAGAAAGAAAAAGAUGGCAGCAGAAAGAAGUAUAUUAUGAAAAAGGUUGAAUGUAUUGAUGAAAAGCAAGCAAAUGAUGCUCUCCAAGAGGCCAUGGAACUGCUGAAGCUGAAUCAUCAGAACAUCUGCAGCUACAAAGAACUUUUCAUCAUCUGGGACAACAAGAUUUCCUCCCUCUUUCUUUGUGUGGUGAUGCAUUAUUCAGAUCAAGGGGACCUUUCAUCUCUGAUCAAGGCCAAGAGGCAAAAACCUGAGAAAAUUAAAAAGAAGGUGAUUAAAAUGUUUCUAGGGCAGAUGGUGGAUGCUUUAGUUUACAUCCACAAACAAACCAUUUUUCACAGAAACCUCAAACCAUCCAACAUCCUUUUAGACGACAAGGCAUCUUUCGUGCUUGGUGAUUUCAGCACGGAAACCCUAAUGAAUGAUGAGAUGAAAUGGAAGAUUAGGGUGGAAGAAGAUCCUCCAUUCAAAUCCUGGAUGGCUCCAGAGGCACUCAAAUUUUCUUUCAGUGACAAAUCUGACAUCUGGUCUCUUGGCUGUAUUCUUCUCGACAUGAUCUCCUGUGUGAAAGUGAAAGAUCCAGUUUCAUUGCUGCAUAACAUUAAGGAGAAUAGCAGUCACCUGGAAGAAGCCCUGAUAACUAUGAAGCAGACGGAUACACCUUUGUCUUCUCUUUUGCUAAUGAUGCUGCAGAUUGAGCCAACAAUGAGGCCCACAUCAGGGUCAGUCCUAGGUUUGUUUUCUCCCUUGCUCCACCCAAUAACUCACACAAUGCAUUUAAAGGACAUUUAUACCACUUCACUGGAGCUAACUGACAAUGCAUUCAUCAGAGAAUGCCUGAUUCUUGCUGGGUCACCCUUAGUAAAGGUGAAGAAGACUCUGCCUCCAGGAUUACAGGACUUAAUACUCAACGGUGGGAUCCCAACUGUUCUAGAAUUCAUGCUGUCUUACGAGGACAUAGAGGAAGCUCAAGAAAAGAGCAUUGAGCGUCUAACUGUCCUCUUGAAAGAAGAAAAGGCCAAUCUAAAAGUCUUCUUUGGAGUAACGGAGCUUGUUAUCUCUGCAAUGAAGAAUCACAUUGAUUCUCCUGAGGUACAGUUAGCUGGAUAUUCUUUGCUGCUUGAGCUCACUAGCAGAGCCAUGAGGCAGAACCUGAAUGUUGAAUUCCUAGCCUCCGAAAACAUACUCGAUUGCCUGUUAGCCUCCAUGAGAACUCAUUUCAACAACCAAGAGUUGAUCUGGAUGAUUUGCACAUUGUUCAUGAUGAUGUCGACUAAUGAAGUUGCAGCUCAGGCCCUGAGGAAAGUUGGUGUCUUCACAGAUAUCCUGACCAUUCUGGGUAACUUUGCCCAGAACAAAGAGAUCUGCCUUGCUUGCUGUGGGGUUAUUUGGAGUCUGGUAGUACAUGAUACCAACGUGGCUGAAAGCCCCCUGAAGUAUGCUAUUGAGGUUGUUUCUAUAAUCCUUCACAUGCACCUUCAGGAUGUGGAAGUGGCUGAGGCGGCAUGCUGCGCUUUCUGGGCUCUUGCUCUCCAUGGUUGUAUUGAUGAAGUUAAUUACGAACCCUAUUCCUUGCUUAUCCUGGAGGCUCUCCGGAACCAUCCUGAAAGGCCAGUGCUGGCAAAAAACGCCUGUCUGGCAUUGGCAAGCCUCUUGAGGACAUCUGAGUUGUGUGGUUUCCGGUUCAUAGUAACUGAUGAGAAGGGCAACGGGAUUGUCCUGCUCAAAGACUGCUAUGAGCUCCACCGUGAGGAUCCUGAAGUUGUGGAAAACAUUUGCAUGUUGAUUAACGAGAUGUUUAAAUAUGGCAAGUCUGUCUUCUUUGGAAUCCCAGCCUGUGUGCUCUGCAAACCAAUGGGAUGAGGGGAGAAGAUUCUGGGCCUUGGGUUCCAAUCCAUGUUUAAACAAGGACUUGUCAGGUAGCCUUGAGCAAGUGAAAAUGGUAAAUGAAUUACCAACCUCCCUCACAAGCAAACCCAAUGAGGAAUUUUUACUCUAAGGCUUGAGGGAUGGAGUGCACUAGAAGUCUAAAACACUAAGGGGUGGUAUCAAAUGUAGCACCCAGUUAAAAGUCUCUGGGUUGUAUUCAACUAAGUUUUACUUAGUAAGUGUACCCUCUAAAAUUGAUGGACCCAAGUCAUUCAUGUUUAUUACUUUCAAUGGGCCUACUCUGAGCAGGACUAGCAUUGGAUACAACCCAGUUAGUGGUAUACGUGUUCCACAGGCAAAAUGUUUUGUGCCAGUGGAAUAUUGUUAGGCAAUAGAUUGCACAAGGCUACAGCAACCUGCUCACACAAUUUGCUGCAUAGCAAGCUUCCACUAGCACAACUGUUGCAGCUUCCAGUCAAGCUACUGGAGUCUAUAUAGCUCCAUAUUGUCCACACUGAAUGUCAGAAG